UCAUCUCCAUUAACAUGAUCAAAACUGCAAACAGAUGAAGUCGAUGACAACCCAAUAGAGGAAGUCAGGCUCACAGUGCCGAUCACUGAUGAUCCUACUUUACCGGUGCUGACAUUCCGAACAUGGGUCCUUGGCAUCUCAUCAUGUAUACUUCUAGCCUUCUUGAACCAAUUCUUCAGUUACCGAACAAACCAGCUUGGCAUAUCGUCCGUCUGCGCACAGAUCAUCUCCCUCCCUAUAGGAAGACUAAUGGCGGCUACACUACCCACAAGAAAAUUCCAUGUUCCAUUCACCAAAUGGAGCUUUUCAUUGAAUCCAGGACCCUUCAAUCUCAAAGAGCAUGUUCUUAUCACCAUCUUUGCCAGUGCUGGUUCUGGUGGUGUUUAUGCAGUGUAUAUCAUUACUGCUCUGAAAGCUUUCUAUCACAGAAACAUCAAUGGUUUUGCUGCAUUCUUAUUAGCAAUAACCACACAGAUGCUUGGAUAUGGCUGGGCUGGUUUGUUCCGGAAAUUCUUAGUGGAGUCUCCCUACAUGUGGUGGCCAAGCAACCUUGUCCAAGUUUCUUUAUUCAGGGCACUGCAUGAAGAGGAGAAGAGGCCAAAGGGUGGGUUAUCAAGGUUGCAAUUCUUCCUCCUUGUUCUUGUUUCAAGCUUCGCCUACUACAUUGUCCCCGGUUAUCUUUUUCCUACUCUUUCUGCACUCUCCUUUGUUUGCUGGAUCUGGAAAGGUUCGGUCACAGCACAACAAAUCGGUUCUGGCCUCAAUGGGCUUGGCAUUGGCUCAUUCGGCUUAGAUUGGAGUACUGCCUCAUUCAUCGGCAGCCCACUAGCAACUCCGGCCUUUGCCGUCUUCAAUGUCAUGGCAGGAUACUUGUUGGUGUUGUAUGUGCUGACUCCCAUCACCUACUGGACUAAUGCAUACAAUGCUAAGAGCUUCCCUAUCUUCUCUUCACAUAUCUUCACCUCUGAGGGUGCUCAUUACAACAUAACCAGAAUACUCGACGAGAAAACUUUUACACUUGAUUUACAAGAAUACGAACAAUAUAGCUCCAUUAAUCUCAGUGUCUUCUUCGCCUACGCCUAUGGUCUCGGGUUCGCUACCCUCGCUGCCACCCUCUCACAUGUCGCUUUAUUCCAUGGAAAAUCAAUAUGGAGUUUAUGGAAGAGAGCAGCAGUGACGGCGCAUGACAAGUUUGCAGAUGUGCACACAAGAAUCAUGAAGCGAAACUAUGAAGCUGUUCCGCAAUGGUGGUUCAUCUCUAUCUUAGUCAUCUUCUUCGGCUUAUCGAUCUGGACUUGCGAGGGCUUUGGUGGGCAGUUACAGCUGCCAUACUGGGGUGUCAUUCUUGCCUGUGCUUUGGCUUUCGUCUUCACACUUCCAAUCGGUGUCAUUAGCGCGACAACAAACCAACAACCAGGGUUGAACAUCAUUACAGAGUUGGUGAUUGGGUAUUUGUAUCCUGGGAGGCCACUGGCAAAUGUUGCAUUCAAGACAUAUGGCUACAUAAGCAUGUCUCAAGCUUUAUUUCUUGUUCAAGAUUUCAAGUUAGGGCACUACAUGAAAAUCCCUCCUAAGUCCAUGUUCCUUGUCCAGCUGGUAGGCACAAUGGUGGCAUCCACAGCCUACUAUGCAACAGCAUGGUGGCUUCUCACGUCAGUCGAUCAUAUAUGCGAUGUCGCCAACUUGCCGGAGGGUAGUCCAUGGACCUGCCCGGGCUCCGACGUCUUUUACAGUGCAUCAAUCAUCUGGGGAGUCAUAGGCCCACGCCGAAUGUUCGGCAACCUCGGCAUCUACUCAAACAUGAACUACUUCUUCCUCAUUGGCAUGCUUGCUCCAGUACCAGUUUGGCUUCUCACAAAAGCAUUCCCUGAAAAGAAAUGGAUUAGGCUCAUCAACAUGCCAAUAAUUAUCGGUGCAACAGCAAACAUGCCUCCGGCGAAAGCAGUGCAUUACAUGACAUGGUUUGUCGUCGCCUUUGUCUUCAACUUUGUGGUGUAUAGGAAGUAUAAGAAUUGGUGGGCAAGGUAUACGUAUGUGCUAUCAGCGGCGUUGGACGCCGGUGUGGCGUUCAUGGGUGUGGUUAUUUAUUUUGCCUUGCAGUCCAAUGAUGUCUAUGGCAUGGAUUGGUGGGGGGGUGCUUCAAAUGAUCAUUGUCCUUUGGCUACUUGCCCAACAGCUCCGGGUAUUAAGGUUGCUGGUUGCCCGGUCUUCUGA